AUGGUGACUGUCAGGUUUGUCCUAGCUAUUGUUGCCUCUAAAAAUUGGCACAUCUAUCAAAUGGAUGUGUACAAUGUCUUCCUUCAGGGUGAUUUGGUUGAGAAGGUUUAUAUGCAAAUAACUUUAGGUUUUUUUAAAGGUUCUCAUCACAAGAGUCAUUUUGACUACUCUUUGUUCACUCUUAUUGUUAAAUCUGAUGUUGUUAUCUUGGUUUAUGUGGAUGAUCUGAUUCUUACUGGUUCCAACAAUACACUCAUUCAAUCUACCAAAUCCAACCUUCAGCAGAAGUUUAAGAUGAAGGAUCUUGGUGUCUUGAGAUGUUUUCUUGGCCUUGAAUAUUCCAGGAAUGCCUCUGGAAUUUUUUUGAAUCAGAGGAAAUAUGCCCUUGAAUUAAUUGCAGAUUCAGCCACAGGAAGCACAACUAAUGAUAAGUUACUGAUUGAUCCUGAGAGGUACCAAAGACUAGUGGGAAAACUGUUAUAUCUCAUUAUGACCAGACCUGACAUUGCUUACACAGUGCAGGUUUUGAGUCAAUUCAUGCAUAGACCAACAGAGUCUCAGAUGCUUGCUGCUAUCAGGGUGAUUAGAUAUAUCAAGAAUGCUCCAGGGCUUGGCUUGUUUAUGUCUUCUACUACAUCUCAUCAAUUAUUUGCCUAUUGUGAUUCAGUCUGGGCUGCUUCUUCUCAAUCCAGAAAAUCAGUCACAGGCUAUAUGAUUAAGUUUGGAUCUUCCUUGAUUUCAUGGAAGUCGAAGAAGCAAGAAACAAUCUCACGGAGCUCAGCUGAAGCUGAAUUUAGGAGCAUGGCAUCCACAGUGGCAGAACUCUCUUGUCUAUUCAAGGAACUGGGAGUUCCAAUUGUGUAUACAACCUAUUAA